AGCGGCCGCCAUUGUCAGCUCAGCCAGCAGCUGGAGGAGGAAGCAGGAGCCGAGCGCGGUAGGGGCGGCCAAGCGGCGCCGGGGCGAGAAGUACAUAGAAAAUGGAAUCAAAGCCGUCAAGAAUUCCUCGACGGGUAUCUGUUCAGCCACCCAGUUCUCGAAGUACUAGGACAGGAGCUGGAAGUGGAGGGACCAGUUUAACUGACUCAUAUCAUAUGAGAGAGUCUUCACUGAGACCGGAAUCUGGAUACCAGGAAUCUAGCCGGUUGCAUGGUUCCAGUAGAGACUGGGCAAUAGGAGAAAGUGAAGCAUAUGAAAGCCCAUGGAAGCUGCCAGCUUCAUCUCCAACUCGCUACUCAGGAACACUUGAUCGUCCUUGGUCUGGAAGAUUUUUGGGAAGCAGAAACAGAUUGUCUACAUCAUCAUCUUCACCUCUUACAUCUUCAUGGUUUGGUGAAUCUGAAAGAACUCAGGGAGCAUAUUCUUCAAGACUGCAUAACCAGCAACAGGACACUGAUUCUAAGAGACCCAAACUUUCUUAUACAUCUACCUCUAGUGUGAGAAGUAAUGGUUUAAACACAGUUUCAGAUUCCUCGUGGAGGUACAGUGAUGUAUCGAGAUCUUCAUCUAUGGUACUUGGAUCGUUAGGAACUGAACUUGUGAGAGAGAGGAGAGAGCUAGAAAGGACAGAUCCAUCUGUUAGUCUUGUGGAUUGUAGUCACAGGAAUGGUGAUUUCCCAUCUUCAUCAUAUCUUCAGGAGAGAUCUGCUUCUUCAUAUGCACAGGGAGCAAGACCAAAAGAAAACACAUUGAGCUCUUUGAGGCUGAACACAUCCAUGAACCGCCAGUUGCCUUCUGAACAUCAAUCAUCAUUGCUCUCUAGAGACCAUAGUUGGAAUUCAAGAUCUAACUAUGUCCCAAGAGAAGUAGAGUCUUCUGAAAGGAAUAUACAGCCAGAGUUUACCCAUGGUGCCAUUCGAAGUGGAACCAGUUCCUCAAGCAGUUCUGAAAGGGUUAUGCCAUCCCAAAGGUCAUUAAGUGAGCCUCCUGCAGAUACGGAAGGAAGGCGUACAACAAGGCAACUACUGUCUCGUUUAGCUUCUAGUAUGUCCUCCACAUUUUUCUCAAGAAGGUCUAGCCAAGACUCUUUGACUUCAAGACCAUUAGGUUCUGAAGAUUCAACAGUUCCAAGAGUUCAUGCUUCUUCCCAAGCUAGUGCUACUAACACUGCUGCAACUUCUCAAGGUACAGAAGCUCAGAGUCCUGAUGUUUCUCAGGGAUUUAGCUUUCUUAGAAGACGAUGGGGCCUGUCAGGUGUUUCACCAAAUCCUAGUACUGAUUCAGAAACCGAAAGUUACAGACAGGAUUCUGAAAGUAGGAAUGCAGGUUCUUGGCUAUCAUCUUCUCUGAGGAACAGGUGUACACCUCUGUUUUCCAGAAGGAGAAGAGAAGGAAGAGAUGAAACUGCAAGAACCUCUACCUCUGAAACAUCUGCUCGAUCACUGCAUCUUUUUAGGAGAAGAGAAUCUGUUGGGGAGCCAUCUUUUGAAGCACAAAAUGAAUCUCCCAGGCCUGCUGCUAGGCCACCGACACCUGCAGUACCUAAUGGUGCUACAUCUGUUGCCUCUGGGCCAGAUUCUGUGCAUGGUAGAAGAAAUUCAGGAAUAUCAGGAAUGUUUCCUGGUUCUCUUUUCCGGUUUGCAGUGCCCCCAACACUGGGGAACAACUUGUCUGAUAACGUUAUGAUAACAGUAGAUAUUAUUCCCUCAGGCUGGAAUCAACCUGAUGGACAAGAUAAUGACAAAUCUAAAAUACCACCAUCAAGAGAUCCUGAAAGGCUUCAGAAAAUUAAAGAGAGUCUCCUUUCAGAGGACUCAGAAGAGGAGGAAGGAGACUUAUGUAGAAUUUGUCAAAUGUCAACUACAUCUGCUAAUAACCUCUUAAUAGAGCCAUGUAAAUGCACUGGAAGUCUGCAGUAUGUUCACCAGGAGUGUAUGAAAAAGUGGCUACAGUCGAAGAUUAAUUCAGGUUCUUCACUGGAAGCAGUAACUACUUGUGAGCUGUGCAAAGAGAAGUUGCAUCUCAAUCUUGAUAAUUUUGAUAUCCAUGAGCUUCAUAGAGCACAUGCAAACGAACAAGCAGACUAUGAAUUUAUCAGUUCUGGGCUUUACCUUGUAGUGUUGUUACACUUGUGUGAACAGCGCUUUUCAGAUAUGCUGGGAACUACAAGUGAGGCCAACACACGAGUCCGGUUUAUUAAUCUUGCAAGAACUCUUCAGGCACACAUGGAUGAUAUUGAAACAGCUUCAGAUGAUGACGAUUCUGAAGAUGGAGAUCUCAGUAGAACACUUGAUGCUGCGUAAAUGCAAAAAGAAGUUCUGGAUGCUCAGCUGACACAAGUAUCAUCAAUAUACUUUUAUUUAGUAAAUCACAGAAUGCUAUUAGAUUUCUGAAGCAUUUCUGAUUUCAAAACCUGCUAUUGCACACCGGUAUCCAGAGACCUGAACAUUCAGUCUGCAAGAGUGUGUUGUUUCUCCUUUGAGAUUAUGACAUGUAUGCCUUCUAAAAUACCAGAUUUUUAUGUGUAAGGAAGACUUCCUUUUGUAUAAACUUCUUACAGUGAUCAGUUAAAGUUCUGGGAAACGUUUCUCAAGUUUUGAUCUUCUAUUGGCACUAUGUGAUAAUAUUAAGUGUGUUUGCAAGUCCAUGUCAUGUGGAGGGGAUAAUUCUGUGUUAGCUUUCCAUUUAAAAACACCUCUGGGAAGACUCAUCACUUCGCUUCCAGUGUUAACAACCUAGAUUGAAUGAGGGAAUGAAUGGGUUCUGUCAAGUUAGUGUUAAGUUUCUAAGUUUUUCUUGAGGAAUGUUUAACUCAAAGCAAUAAACUUGCAAGGGGCUACUAAUAAGUGUUAAUGACGGCUUUUAUAAGUAUUGAUUUCAAAAUUGCGGAUUAUAUUUGAUAAUAUGUAGAAGUUCCAGUAAGGAAUUACAGCUGUAAACACUGGCAUUUCAGCAUUCCUGGAAGGAAUAAAACUUAUGGUUUAGAAUCUUAACCAAGCUAUUUAUCUUAAUGAACCUUUUUUAGAACCCACAUUCACUGCUGAAGCACUGGUUAUCAAUGUGUUUUCUAGUGUUGUCACUUGUUUGUUAAAUAAAAAUUACAAUGCAUA